AUGGCAUCGCUCAGCUCGGCCUCCACGUUCCGCUCCGAGCUGCUCGGGGCCUACGGGCACAGCGACCCCCGCUUCCAGGGCGAGCGGCGCCAUGGGCCCUUCGGGGCGCGGGGACAGGAGGCCUUCGGGUACCCAGAGUCCCCAGGCACCAUGUACCCCUGCAGCCUGGGCACCUGGGUGCGUGCCCAGGGUGACACCUACCAAGUGGUGGCCGACGUCAGCCAGUUUGAGCCCCCUGACAUCGUGGUGACCACCUCCAACUGCCAUGUGGCCAUCCAGGCAGAAAAGGUGGCUGAGGAUGGCACCGUCUGUGACACCUUCACCCACAAGUGCCAGCUGCCCGAGGACACGGACCCGCUGUCGGUGAGCUGCACCCUCACCGAGGCUGGCACGCUGGUCAUCACCGUCCGGCGCCGCGCCAGCGCCGGCCCUGGGCAGCCCCCGCAGCUGCUGCACCGCAGCGAGGCCAUGCUGUGAGCGGCUCUGCGGGACAAAACGCUCCUUGCCCGCGGCGAUGCCAACCCCAGCACCGUGGUGCAGCUCAGCCGGUGCCCACUGGCUGUGCCCCUCUCGCCGCCAGCCCCGUAGUGCUUCA